AAGAUUGGAAAAAAACAAAAACAGGUUUGAUGACCGUCGGUUAAGUUACAAACCCUAAAGUAUUUGGCAGUUGAUGAUGCCAUUGGUUUAACCUCUGAUCGGCAGUCGCCCGUGGACCGUACACCAGUGCACUCCUAUACCCGCAAAGUUAACUAACUUCUCCAUCACCGAAUUUCAUUUCAAAUCUUUUAUUUGUGUUGAUUGAUUCAAUUUGGAAAAUGCGUUUGAUAUUCAUCCGAUUAAUUUUAUUUCUGCUCGCCUCCAAUGGGAUGAGCGACGGACACAGGAUCGAUCCUUUCCUCAAUCCCCUCCACUACGACCUGGUCCUGUUGCCCGUCAUCAGCGGCGGCAGCCCGCGAUUGUGCGGCCACGUUUACAUCGACGUCCAGCCGACCAGGACGACCAAUUUGAUCACGUUCCACGCAGUCGAGCUCACCAUCAUCGACGUCAGCGUGCGGAGUGUCGGGAACGAAACGGCCGCUGUCAAUUCGGCCAUCGACGACCGAUUUCUCCAGCUGGAGGAUCUCUGCUUCUCAGGUCUUUUCGUUCAAACCUCCAAGGAAUUUCAGACGAUCCAGGAGGUGCCGGAGCGGGAGCAAAUGAGCAUAGUUCUCAAACAGGUUUUGCUCAAGGGUCACAAGUACCGCAUCGGUUUGUAUUACCUGGGCAAGGUUAGAGAGGAUUCCAGAGGAUUUUACAGAGCCAAUUACAAGAAUGACGUCACUUCCUGCUGCCACCAAGGUUGGUUCGGUGGAACGCAAAUGCAAGCGACCGACGCCCGUCGAGUUCUUCCCUGCCUGGACGAGCCGGGAUUAAAAAUGACUUUUGACGUGGUUGUCGGUCACAGCAACGCCAUGACGGCCCUGUCCAACAUGCCCGAAAUUUCCAGCCGUGCCAUGACAACCACGCGCGAUUGGAUGUGGACGUCAUUUUCACGGUCGCCGCCCAUGCCCACCUAUUUAUUGGCCAUGUUCGUGACGGACUAUGAGAGUUUGGAGACGAUUUAUCAGUUGGACGGCGACCGGUCCGUCAAGUUGCGCUUCUGGGGACGGCCGGACCAGCUGCCCCAUCUAAAGGAAUCCAUGGCGGUCGCCGGCGACCUGCUCAACUAUUUGGUGAAAUACGUCCGUCAGCCGUUCACUUUACCCAAAAUUGAUUUUAUAACCGCGCCAAUUCAACUCCAUUUCGAGGCCAUGGAGAACUGGGGUCUCAUCCUCUUUCGGGAAAACCGACUUUAUCACAACAAGGAAACUGACAGCGAGGACGACCGUUUUACUCUCAUUCAAAUAAUGGCGCACGAAUUGGCGCAUCAGUUUUUCGGCAACUUGGUUACUUCCAAUUGGUGGAGUGACAUUUGGUUUAAUGAAGGCAUGAGUUCACUCUUCGAGAUGGAAUUAACCGAUUAUGCAAUGCCAAACGACACGUAUCGUUGUGAGGCCGAACGCCACAAAUCCAUUCGAUCCGCCAUGAAAUUCGAAGAGGAGCGAACAGAACCGCUGACGGUCAUCCGACAAGUGGAGACGGCCGAAGAAGCUGAAAAGAUGUUUGAUCCACUUUCCUACAGUAAAGGAAGUGGUUUAUUCCUGAUGUUACGCAAUUUCGUUGGACAUGAGAAAUUCAGAAACGCACUCAUCACUUACAUGGAUCGCUAUCAAUUCCAGAGUGUCAACAGUCGAAAUUUCAUGGAGAUUUUGAACGAGCAACUGCACCAGGACCGCGAAUUUGGCCGGACGAUGAACGUCACGAAGAUCAUGAAUUCUUGGACCCAUCAGCCGAGUUAUCCGAUCGUUCGUUGCUCUCUGGCCGGCAACGGGCGAAUUCGGCUGUCUCAGAUGCCGUUUCCGUUACUCCGAAGCAAUUCAUCACAGGUCAAUGCCUUGUGGUGGAUCCCCAUCGCCAUGACGGAUGGCAGACGGCCAGAUUUCACCCGAGAAGGGACAUAUCCGAGAGUUUGGCUCACGCCCGAACGUCCGACUUUGGAGAUUCCUUAUUUCCCUCAGGUGUUGAACCGAGACGGACCAGCAGAAGACCAAGAACCGGACACUUGGAUUCUCGUCAACGGCCAAUUCGCCAUCUACGGUCGAGUGUUGUACGACAAAGCCAAUUGGCGACUGAUCUCCAAUCAGCUGAUGCUCAAUCACACCGUCAUCCCGAAAGUGACUCGGGCUCAAUUGAUUGACGACGCUUUCACGCUGGCUGGAGCCGGAUAUUUGGACUAUCAAGUGGUUGUUGAACUCAUCGAGUAUCUGACUUUGGUCAACGACGAGUUCGUCCAGUCUACCAGUUUAUUCCACUUGAAAUUGAUCCAGGAACGGUCGAGACACAACGAAUCGCUUUAUAAUCUGUUCAAGGAAUACACCAGUAGAUUCAAGUUCGAGAAAACCGACCAUGGAGAGCCAGGCGACUACAACGACUGGGUUCGAGUUGGUGAUCCGCUGGAUGGAGUUGGCUGCCUGAACUGGAGUGACGACGGUGUGUGUGUCGAUCAAGUCAUGCGCCUCUUUCACGCUCAAAUGGGCGGCUCAAUUACCCCCGAAGAGAAAAAGGCAAUGACGGAACAUUUGGAGCGCAAUUGGUGUGCGGUGAUUCGCUACGGUGGCAAGGAAGAAUGGAACUGGGCGUGGCGAGCUAGUCUUUGCGACAUGUGGUCGUCACAGCGGACAAAGAUUUUAUCGGCCAUGAGUUGCAGUCAAGAUCGUGAUCGUUUGAAACAGCUUCUUUCGCGCGUGUUUUCGCCGACAAUCGAACAGGACCCGCACGACACGUUCGCCACCAUUGAGAAAAUGACGGAAAAUCACGUCGCUCGUUCCAUGGUGUUGAACUUUUUGGCGACCAACUGGGAGAUCCUAGGGCGACAUUUUAGUUAUAGAAGGUCUGGCGAUAAUUUGAAGCUGCUCACCUCUGCCGCCAAAUUUCUGAGUACACCAGACGAAUUGAAAGAGAUGUCCCGGAUUUUGUCCGACUUGGAAAAUAAAGACAAGAAACUCAAUCGCGCUUUCACGAACGGGAUUCUGGAGGGUAUCCGCAACAAUAUUCGCUGGGGUGAGAAGAAUUUGGAACAAGUCUAUUUGGUUAUCGAAUCUCGGAUAAUGACACGUCGUUCGACAAAUUCACUCGCCAAGACUAACUGCAUUCCCUAAGCUGUUUUGCUGCUUGUCCUGAUUUCUUCAUCGUUUUUUUAUUUUCAUAGUUUUUACCGUUUGUUAAAUAAAUAUGGAAAUAAUGAAA